CUGCCUGAGCUCGGCUCGGCUCGCCCUCACCAUGGUCAUGGUUAUGGGCAUGGUGGUGCUAUGGAGAGUGCUCCUGCUGGACAGCAUGCGCAUCAUCCACACGGUUUGAAUUCGCAGCCGCUGGCCUUUGUCUCAGCUUCCUCGUCGCCGUACCAGGCCACAGUCUUCUCUCCGGCGUACCACACACUGCACGACGACGAGGACUCGGCUGGUCCUCCGCAUUCUGCCUAUGCAUUGGCGUCUCCCGCAGUGGAUGCGGCUUCCAUGAACCAUGCCGAUGCUGAUACCGGUCCGCAGGCCGCGCUUCCGCCGCGCGCAGUCCGUGCCCCGUUCCUCCGCCAGCGCGGCAACUCGGCGCCGAUGAUGCCGGCGUCGCGAGGUCCAGGCUUUCCCGAGCCGACCCACCAUGUACCCCAUGCUGCUGCGCCGACGCUUCCGCUCCAGCUCCGUGCGCAGCUCCACGAGCCGCAUCAUCUCCGCGAGGCGCGCGACUCGGCGCGCGAGGGCUCGUCCGCGCCGUACCUCGAUCUAGAGCAGAUGAUGGCGGCAAACGCGGGCGAGGCCAAAGCCGGCGGCGGCGGAGGCUCGGCCGGAGCCUCGCGGUACCCGCCGCCACCGCCUCCGCCACCAGCGGUGGAGCAGUCGUGGUCGCGGCAAGGCUAUAAGGCUUUCGACGAGAUCCACCCGCGCGACCUCAAGCUGACCCGGCUGCUCGGCACCGGCGGCUUUGGCCAGGUCUGGGCUGGACUUUGGGGCGGAACGCCGGUCGCCAUCAAGCGGCUAAAGCAGCAGACCCGGUCCGGCGCCGUGACGCCCGCCAAGAUCUCCGCCUUUAUGGAGGAAGCACGACUGCUCUCGCAAGUCCGCCACCCCAACUGUCUGCAGCUGCUGGGCGUCUCCACCCGCGGGCCUGACGUGUGCAUCGUAACCGAGUACCUCCGCGGCGGCGACCUCAAGUCUGCGCUCUUUGACUCGUCGCUCCUCAUCCGCGACACCAAGAAGAUCGACAUCCUCUCGCAAAUUGCGUCGGGCGUCGAGUACCUCCACCGCAAGGACAUCAUCCACCGCGAUCUCAAGCCGCACAACGUGCUCCUCGACUUUAACAUGUCGGUUGUCAAGGUAGCAGACUUUGGCCUCUCGGUCGUCAUCGAGCGACUCGAGUCACCGGCGAGCGGCGGCCCAGCGCCAUCACGGGCGCGUUCCUCGUCGACCUUUCGCGCCAUCGGCGUUGCAGGAUCGCGCCGCUACAUGGCGCCCGAGCUGUUUGUCGGCGGGACAGUGACGCCGGCCUCGGACACCUUUUCGUUUGGCGUCAUCAUCUGGGAGAUGCUCUCGUCCAAGCGUGCAUUUGACAACACUGACCGGACAGCCAACUGCUAUGCCGGCCUCGAGCCGCCGCCGCCGUCGCUCCUCGCCUCGCUCCUUACCCUGCUUCUUGACGCCUGCCUCUCGGCGGAUCCGGUGGCGCGGCCGUCGUUUGCCGACAUUGUGGCCUCGCUUGCCGACGUCACCUCGCGCCUGGUUCUCGGCCAGGUCUUUCCUUCUGUUCCUGCGCUUCCGCUCAACUACGUCCACCGCGAGGCCUCAUUUGCCGCCGCCAAGGACGCUCUGCUCUCGCUCGCAGCCAAGACCGACCACGCCGCCCAGCCGUCGGACCUCUUGCCCAUCCGCGGCCUCUGCAUUCAGGGCAUGGGCGGGCUCGGCAAGUCGGUCCUUGCCGCUGCACUCGCUCGCGACGAGGACGUUCUCCGCAUGUUCCCCGGCGGUGUGCAUUGGAUCUCCAUCGGCCAGUCGCCAAACACCACCCGCCUCCAGCAUGAUCUCGUGCAGGAGCUUGGCAAGCCGUGCCCCUCGUUCUCAGACGUCUCUGAGGGCAAGAACAUGCUCGCCGAGCUCUUUGCACUCCCCUCGCACGCUCGCUCGCUCCUGGUCCUUGACGACGUCUGGGUCACCGGCCACCUACUCCCGUUUGGUGUCCUCGGCCCCGGCUCGGCGUACCUGGUAACCUCGCGGAUCCGCUCACUCGGCUCGAUCAUCAAUCUCGUCGAGCUCCCGCUCUCGACGCUCGACCCGGCAUCGUCGCUCGAGCUCCUUGCACUCUGGACCCACACUCCGGUCGAGAACCUGCCGCCGGCCGCGCACAAGGUCGUCGAACGGUGCGGCAAGCUCCCGCUCGCGCUCGCCAUGAUUGGUGCCAUGGUCCGCAACAUGCCCUCGCGCUCCUGGCCUGUCGUCCUGCAGCGGCUCGAGGACUCGGUCCUCCUCUCCGACGACGUCGGCGGCGGUCCCGAUGCGCUCGCGCCUUUGGUAGUCAGCUCAACCCUUGAGCUCGGUGGCAUUUUCACUCCAGGCGACGUCAUGCGCUCCAUCGGCGUCUCGAUCAAAGCCCUCACUGCGCUCCGCUUCCGGUACUAUGACCUCGCCGUCUUUCCCGAUGAGACUGCGUUUACGCUCCCGGCGCUGGAAGCCCUUUGGGGCGCACUCCCGUACGAGCCGCUCGACCGCGCCGACGUCUCGCGCCUCGUCGAGGUCUUUGUCGAAAAGUCGCUGCUGCAGCACGACGAGAGGACCGGCAUGUUGCGGCUUCACGACUUGCAGCGCGAGUACAUUGUGACGGUCGCCCGCUCGCGGCGCGGCAAAAUGCACAGCCUCCACUCGCGGCUGCUCGACGGGUACGCUGCGCGUAUCCCCAGCGCCCACGGCUUUGUGUGCUGGGAGCACGGGCCCGACGAGGCGUACUACCUCCAGCACAUUGUGUACCACCUUGUCCACGCCCAGCGCCGCGACGACAUUCUCCGCCUCCUUCUCUCGUACGCAUGGAUCGAGAAAAAGAUCUCGGCCGGUCUCGGCAUCGAGGCUCUGGCGUCCGACUACGCGCUUGCUGCGCGGGCCUUUCCGGCCUACGCCGACCUGCUCCACGAGAUCCGCGGUGCGCUCAUGCUCUCAGCACAGGCUGUGCUCAAGCGGCGCGACCUGCUCUGCUUCCAGCUCAUUGCGCGGCUCCAGUCGUCGCCACUCUCGACUCACCUCGGUUCGCUCCUCUCCGAGGCGCUCGAGUAUCUCUCGCCGCUGCCGGACGCGGUGUACAUUCCGUCAUCGCCACUGCUGGAGACGCCGGGCAACGCGCUCAUCCGAAUUCUUCACGGGCACACCGAGCCGGUCUACGCCCUCACCACCACACCGUCGGCCAAGCUCCUGCUCUCGGUCUCACCGACCACCGUCAUGAUGUGGGACACGCUCUCGGGCCUUGCCGUCCGGUCGAUUCCACGGACAGGCGCACGGGCGCCGGCGGCAGCGUCGGCCCAGGCCGAGCUUCCGGACGCACCGCACCCGGUCGCCACGCUUGUCAACAAGGUGCUCGAGCCGCGGGAGAGCGGGGCUUCGUCCGAGGCAGAAGCCUCGCUCUCGCGGUCACGCCAGAACCUGCAGUCCAUUCACACCUACGCUGUUCAUCUUGUGGUCGCUGACGAGCACCGGGUGUUUGUGGGUGGGUCGGGCGCCGUCCUCACGGUGUGGGAUCUCUCGAGCGGCAUCCCACUCGGCUCGAUCGACAAAGCCGUCGACGUGACUGCGCUGGCACUCGGGGCCAAGGCCCGGACACUCGUCUUUGCGCUUCGCACCUCACGUCGGAUCUACGUGUACGACCUCUCGCCUCCGGCGGCGCCCGAGUUUGCGCUCUCGCAAGCUGCCGUGUGUGUUGGGCACAAAGGCUACAUCUCAGGCGUCUCGAUCUUCCCCGACGGGCGGCGGAUGGUGUCGUGCGCGCGCGACGCGUCGCUUCGAAUUUGGUCGACAAGCAGCGGCGAGGAGCUCGCCCGCCUCGUCCACACCUCGUCGUCGAUUUCUGCGGUGGUGGUGAGCGCCGAGUCGGGCGAUGUGUUCUUUGCUUCGGGCUCGACAGUCACUGUGUGGACACCCGAGACCGACGAGCUGCGAACGCUCUCGCCUGGCACCUCAGGCUCGCUCGGCUCGUCGCGCGUGUCGACGCUGGCGCUGGCUCCGCCGUCGGACGCAUUUGUCGUUGCCGGCACGGCUUCAGGCACGGUACUGGUGUGGGAUCUCGCAACCGGCAUUUGUAUGCAGCAUGUCUCGGGCCACCGCGGGCCAGUCCUCGGCGUCACCGCGCUCGCCCCCGAAGUGCUCGGCGGAGCCGGCGGGCACGAGCAGGCCGCAUUCGGCUCGGUCUUUACCGCGUCCGAGGACCGGACCAUCCGGCACUUUCAGAUUGAGCGGCGCAAGGUUGACACGGCCACCAUCCAGCGAAUCCGGCACAAGGAGCCGACGACUUACCUUGCGCUAGCAACCGACGGAAGCUACAUUCUGACUGGCGCGGCGGACCGGACGGUCAUUGCGUGGUCAACCGAGCGGGCGAGCUCGUCGUCGCUCGGCGGACGACGGUUCCGGAUUCUGGACAACCACCCGGGCGCGGUGACGGCGCUGGCGCUCACGCUCGACUCCAAGUUUGUGGUCUCGACUGCCGGCUCGCACCUCAUGGUUUGGAAUCUCAAGGCGGCGCGCUUGGUGUGGUCGGCGCGGGUCACCGAGUCGCCGAUCUCAUGCAUUGCAGCGUCGAACACGGCAGUGGUGGCAGCCUGCGCGCUCGGCAGCGUCACUGUCUACGCCCUUUCGGACUCGGGCAUGCUCGAGGAGGUGCAGGAGCUCCUCCCGCCGGCUCCCGGCCCGUAUGAAGCGCCGGCGGCGGCGACGGUGCCUGCGGUGGUCAUUUCACCCGAGUCGCGGCUGGUGGCGCUUGGAUGGGCGACCGGCGAGGUCCAGUUCUGGCGGUCGGGAUCGGGAGGCGGGAGCGGAGACUAUGCACUGGUCACCAGCGCGAGCGAGCACAGCGGUGCUAUCCGAGCUGCCUGCCUCUCACCGGAGAACACACGGCUCAUCACCGGUGGCACCGACAUGGCGAUUCGUAUGUGGGACACGGUGUCCGGCUCAGCCGUCGGCGCGUUCUUUCUCGACGCGCCAGUGGCAUGCGUGGCGGUUGUGCCCUGGUCGUCACCGGACCUUGUACCGCGGUCUGUGGCACCAGAGCCGUCGUAUCUCAUUGCAGUGGCGCUCGACAACUGCACGGUCACGCUCCAUCACUCGUACCACUACACCAUGCUCGCCUCGUACCUCUUUGACGCUUCGAUCAACGGCAUGGCGGCGACGCCGUCGGCAGACCUGGUUCUAACCCACGUGGCCGGGCGGACGUACCAUCGGCUCAUCCGGCACUACGACCAGACCCACUCUCACGCCUCGCUCGGGCUCACGAUGUUUGACUCGAACCGCCCGCGGUCGCUGCCGCGGAUGGCGUCGGGCGAGGUUGGCGAGGGUUCGCCGGUCGUUCCCGCCGCCCCGCGCGACCGCGCUGAAAAGCCUGUGCGGCUGAUCGAGCCGCGGGCAAGCGCUGCAAAGGGCAAAGCCAAGGGCAAGGGAAAGGUCAAGGGCAAGGGAAAGGUCAAGAGGAAUGAUGGCGGCACAGACGGAAGCAUGUCGAGCGGGAAGGGGAAGGCUCCAAGCAGCCCGUCAGGCCGCAAGGACUCGUCGCCGUCGGAAGGCGCGCUCGCGCUGCACCUCGCAGCGUUGGAGACUGGCCCGUGGGCGUCGAGCGAUGAGGGCGGGCCCGAGUUGAGCGGCUGCAGCGGGACUCCGCCAGCGACAAGUGGCGCCGAAGUGGGUGAACUGCGGCGUGUGGUGCGACCCAACUUUCUGCACCUGUACUGCUUCCGGCGGGGGCGGCAGCGUGUGCGAAUGCUGGCAGUGCCGGCCAGCUAUGAGUCGGUCACCCGCGACUGUGUGUACAUUUUGGACACGGGCGCGGUGGUGUACGAGUUCUUUGGGCGGGCGUGCUCGACAAAGGAAAAGACCAAGGCGCUCGAGUUCACCACCUGGCUCCGCAAGCACGAGCGCGGCGGCGAUCUGGAGCUUGUGCGGAUCCUGGACACAAGCCGGCAUCAUGACGGCCACUCGCGGCGGUUUUGGCGCUGCUCUCACAUUGAUGACGCACUGCACGCUGCGGUCCGGCUUUGGCGAUUCAAGGACGUUCCGGUGUCUGUGACGACACCGUCGUCUGCUGCGCCGGUCCUCCCGCCGCCGACAUCGCUGACGAGAGAGCUGUCAUCGUCGUAUGUGUUUGUGGACGCCGGGCGGGUGAUGGCGCCCGAAGGCUCGUCGACCGGCGGCGACGAGUCGGUAGCCGAGGGUGGCGACGGCGGCGAUGGGACCGAGUGCAGCGAAGGCGGCGGUGGUGGCGGCGGGAGCGGCGGGAGCGGACCUGGGAGUGGCUGCGGAAGCGGCGACGGCGACGAGUCCGAGUCGCACAUGCAGCAGGUGGCGCCUUCCGUGCUCAACCUCGCGCUCGAGGUGGAGUCGUUGGAGACUACGAGUGCACUGGCUACGCCGCAGCUACUGAGCCAUGGCUCGUACCUUCUUGUCCUUCCUCAGGUCGCGUACGUGUGGAUCGGGGCGCGGUCGCCCAUCACGAUCAACAUGGCCGCGCAGUGGGUCAACUCUGCGACAGCGCUGCCUGUGGAGACAGCAACGGCGCUGCUGGGCCAGCGGCUGCCGCGGCGAUGCGUGACGGUUUACGAGGGCAACGAGCCCUUUCUCUUCAAAGAAGCGUUUGACGAAUGGCACGAGCCGCGGCAGCGAGCGACGCCACCGCCGCGGGCUACGGGCUCGCUGUUGGCGUCGUCGUCCAAGGCAGCGCAGGUUGCGCGGCGGGUGCUGCAGUCGCGAGCGCGGAGCACAGCAGCACGGAGCUCGAGCGGAAGCGCGAGCGGGAGCGAGGCUGGCGGCGGCGGGACUACGGCCGGGGGGGUGUCGUCGCGGCGGGCGGCAGCAGCAGCGGUGGCGCGGAACCGUCGCACGUCGGCGAUCAUGGCGGACGGGGCCGCCGCGGCAGCGGCGCUGGCGGGCUCUGUUCGUGUUGUGGUCUUUGAGAACGAGCACUGCAUCUACGCGUUGCCGCGAGAGUUCCACGGUCACUUUUUCUCUGGCGACGGAUGUCUGGUGCUGCAAACGCUCGAGGGCGGGAGCGAGGGCGGUAGUUCGCACGACGACGACGGGUCACGGUCGCGGUACCGGGUAUUUUUCUGGCGUGGCGCGGACGCGCCGAACAAGCUCUUCCUCAAGUUCAAGCUCAAGCUCAAUGCCGGGGCGCUCGGUGACGUGUUUGGGCCGACGAUUUCGCGGAUCAUCCAGACGACGACACGCGAGGUGGUACAGGGGCGGCAUCCCGACAAGAACUUUACGGCGCUGUUCUCUGGCUCCCUGUUUGUGCACCACGGGCACGCGCGGUGCCGGAUCCCGCUCCCGCCAUCGGCCAUUCUGCGGGUUGCGCCCGAGUACCGGCUGCGGAUGGCGCGAGGCAACGAGGGUGAAGCGCGCAGCGACGAUGGGGCGUGGAACGCGCGGCAGCUGGAGCCGAGUAGCACGGCGCGGCUGUAUGCGGUGCGCGGACUCGGGUCGGCUGGAGGUGUGCUACUAACGGCCGACGAGGUUCCGCCGGUGGCGUCGUCGCUCAACUCAUCGCACGCGGCUGUACUGCUGGCUGCGCCUCGGGCGGCGCUGUGGAUCGGGGCCGGAGCGCGCGGGUCCGAGGUUGCGGGCGCCCGGCGGUUCUACUCGUCACUGCGGGAGAGCAGCGAGCUCGGCGAGCUGGUGGAAGUUGCCGAGGGCAGUGAGCCGGAGUGGAUGUGGGCCGCAGUAGGCGGGCGGGCGUGGUACCCGAGCUCUGCGGUGCUGCGCAAUGCCAAGCGCGACGAGCCAGCGCUGUUCCGGUGCUCGACAGCCAAGGGCAUGUUUGAACUUGCCGAGAUGGUGGGGCGGAUGCCGUCUGCGCUCGAGCCGUCGUGCGUGUACAUGCUCGUGGCGCUCCCGCACAUCUGGCUGUGGAUUGGAUCGCAGGUGACGACGUUCGAGGCGAGCGAGGCACGCGAGGUGGCCGAGGCGUACGCCAAGGAGGAGCCAACGUCGGCGCACGUGCUCGAAGUGCAUGCCGGGCGCGAGCCGAUGGCAUUCUGGUCGCUAUUCCGGGGGUGGGUCGCGCCGAACCACGGCGGUUACCCGCAGCAGGCAGCCAUGGACGCGGAGCUGGCGCGGGCCGGAUCGACUCUCUGCACCGCUGACGUUGUGGGCGUCACGCUCAACGCCGCGCAACAGCCGAUGGUCUCGUGCCGCCAGUGCGGGCUUGUCGAUGGAGUCGAUGUGCGAGCGCUGGGCACACCGUAG